AUGCUGCUGCUCCUGCUGCUCCUGGCGGCCACCCUGCUUGACCCCUUCUACAACGGCUUCUACUACAGCCACAUCAUGAACGACAAGGGCAACGGGCAGGAGAAAGUGGUUUACUUCAACGGGGCCAAGCUGGUGGUGGAGACCCCCAAAGAUCCCGUCUACAGCUCCAACGGUGCCAAUGUCACCCUCCCCUGCCACUACCAUUACGAGCCUGAGAUGGAGGGGAAGGGCAAGAUCCGCAUCAAGUGGUCCAAGCUGCGGGACGACUACACCAAGGAGCAGGACGUGCUGGUUGCCAUUGUAGGCAAGACCUGCGUGGCCUUUGGGGACUUCCAGGGCCGCGCUCGCCUCCGCCAGGCUGGCCGGCGCGAGGCCUCGCUGGUCGUCAGCGAUGUGCGCUUGCAGGAUGAUGGCAAAUACCGCUGCGAGGUCAUCGAUGGGCUGGAGGACGAGAGCAAUGUGGUGGACCUCCGGCUGAAAG